CGUCGGUGUCCCGACAUUUGGUAACUCCCCCAACUUCUUUUAGCAGGCUGAACGAUUGCUUUUCCAACACUCGAGUUACCUUUGGAGAAACAUAAGCAGAUGAAGCCGGUCCACAUGCGAUCAGCAUGAGGUUUUCUACUGCAACCUCGUAGACCUUCGACUUUCCACGAGACCGUCCCCGUACCUACCGUUCCUCCCUCCUUCGCACAAAUUGUCUUCCAACAGACAUCGAUGGACUGCACGGCGACGAGGAUACAAAUCAGAAGAAAAAGAAGAAGUGCAAUACACGCCCGCUCGAUGCUGUAAACAUACGAAGACAGGACAAAGAGAGCAGAAAUACCAAACGAACCGGAAUCUUUACAAACAAAAUCGUCGCGAAAUGGAGAACCCCUCUAUCGCCCACGCGCAGCCCCAUCAGCACCAGCAGCAGGGGCCCCAGGGCCAGCCGGUCCUUGGCCGGGGUGCGGCCCCUCUGGCGACGCCGCCGGCCCAGCAGCUUCCGCCUCAGAUGUUCACGACUGCAGCGCAGCUUCUCGAUCUCACAGAUAAGAAACUCAUGGUCGCGCUCCGUGACGGCCGGAAACUCAUCGGCGUUCUUCGAAGCUGGGACCAGUUCGCAAACCUCGUCCUCCAGAACACGGUAGAGCGCAUCUUUGCCCACCCGAAUCCUUCGGCUGGCGGCCUCUAUGCCGAUAUCGACCGCGGCGUGUUCCUCGUCCGCGGCGAGAACGUCCUGCUUCUGGGCGAAAUCGACCUUGAUAAGGACGACGACCCGCCCGCUGGCUACGAGCUUGCGGAGCCUGAGUUGGUGCACCGCCUUGCAGAGGAGCAGAAGGACAAGGACAAAGUCAAGGACAGGGCUCGGCUGCGAAAGCUCGCCAGCAUCGGGUUUGAGGGGGAGAAUAUAGGAGAAGUACUACUUUAAGUGGGAGGGGGGAAUUGGUCGUUACAUAUUUCUCCAUGUCCCCACGUUCAUUGCCAGUUCGCGGAUGCAGAGGAGCAGGGCCAACAUGGCGAUGAACCGUCUGAGUUCGGAAUAUUUUACACUCUGGGUCUAAGGAUACACCGGGUGUCGAUUGUCGAUGGUAUUCGAGGGAACACCAUGCCGUCUGUUGUCUGUCAACUCAAGGGGCUGUGCUGUCCGGGUCACCCUGGCAAGAAAGACGAGGUCUAGUUGGAGGAGCAAGCAGAAUAUUGUGAAAUGCUUUGCCCCUCACAUUGGUCUGCCGAUUUUGUGGCAGAUAAAUCAAAAACAAUAUCAGUGAACCUUCCCGGUCCC